GAAGGAACAGAGAGCACCAGUUUGAGACACUUGUUUGUGUGAAGGGGCAAAGAAGGAAAGAAUACAAAUAAAAGGAAUUUGCUGGGCUGGCUGUCGACUACUCGACUCCGCUCCAUCGCAUCAUCAGGAAUCAUGUCCUCCUAUCUUGGGGUUGCUGCCCCCGUCUCCUUCCAUCCCUUCCUCCUCCGCCCCUCCUCGCUUCUCCGCUCCACGCCGCCGCCGUGGAGGGCAAAGAGGAGGUCCAUCGCCGCCGUCUCCGUCCAAGGCGGCGACGGCGACAGCUUCUUCACCGUCGACUUUGACCCGGACGACUACGCCGCAGAACCCGAAUCCGACGAAUCUCCCUGGGAGGGUGCGCUCGUCUACCGUCGCGACGCCGCCGUCCACCACCUCGAGUACGCCUCCACUCUCGAGCGCCUCGGCCUCGGCGACCUCUCCUCCCACGACUCCCGCGCGCGUGCCGCCGCCAUGGGGCUCGGGACGCUGGACCAGCCCCAGACCACCCCCGUCCUCGUCUCCCUCGACGUCGCCCGCCGCCGGGGCCGCCUGCGCCUCGACGGCAUCGUGCGCACCGUCAUCACCCUCGGCUGCUUCAGGUGUGCCGAGCCAGCCCCUCAAGCUAUAUUUGCCAACUUUUCCCUGUUAUUGACAGAGGAUCCGGUAGAUGAACCCGACCUAGUUGAUCUCGGCACGAUAUAUGAAGAAGACAUUGCCAACGGUGCUUCGUUAACUGGCACCCUGGAUGACGACGACCAAGAUGUCGACUGGGAUGACCGGCUGCACUUCCCAGCAGGUGACAAGGAAAUUGACAUCUCCAAGCACAUCCGGGACAUCAUUCACCUGGAGAUAACCAUGGAUGCAGUCUGCAGCCCCAGUUGCAAAGGCCUGUGCCUUGCCUGUGGCACAAACCUCAACACCAGCAGUUGCAACUGCAGCAAUGAGAAGCAACAGGAGCCCAAGAACGUGAAAGGUCGAGGACCACUCAAAGAUUUGUUGAAACCAAUCCAGAAAAGAUGAUACGAACACCACAUGUUGUCGUAGGUGAUGACUGAUGCGUUUGUACUUGUACAACUAGCUAAGCAGCCUGCGUUCUUGUAUACCCAGUUACUGCAUACCUUGAAAUUUAAAUUUUUUCAAGGGAAUCGUGUCAAGUUCAUCUCAUAGUAUAGAAUAUACUCCAGUCUUGUUAGGCAACAAAUGGAUGAGAUCCUUGUAAAGUUCUACCCGGAUCUUUCUGUGGGAAGACACCAAUCGGAUUCUCUACCUACCAGCGAAUAGAUAUAUAAAAAAAAUACAAA